GGAAAACCGAAACAUAUUUCGUGCAAGUUACAUGUUUAAUGUUAUAUUCAAUAAUUUCGUUCUGUGUAUCAAUAAUAAUAAUAAAAUGUCGUUACAAAAUUGUGUGUAAACAAAGAUGUGUUUGAAAACUUCAGUGAUAACCUUGAGUGAAGUGUUGUUCAAAUGAUUAAAGGGACCAUGGUGAAUAAUGGAGGUGUCCGUAGUCGGGGCCGUCAUCGAGCCCGUAUGCUGAUGAUUCCUGGGCGACCCUUGCGACAAUCAAAAGGCCUGCCGGAUGUAAGGCCCAUUCUACCUGCGCCCGCCUACCGCUGGGAAGAUAUGGGCAACUCCAACGCCACGAGCAACAAGGAGAAAGGGCCGGAGGCGGUGAUAGAAGAUGACGCGUCCAAGACAGAAGUGGAUGUCACUAGGGUGGACCACCAAAAGUCAUCCUUCGUCAGGGUAGAGAAAGUGAAAGAGCGAUUGAGAGGCAAGAUUCAAUGCUGCAGUUGGUGUCCCGAAGUCUGUUUCGUGAUAUUCUGCGUAUUGACCUUGCUUAAGGGGAUCGGCGAGAUCUUCAUUUCGAUCUCCGGGGCGAUAUCUACACGACUAUUCAGCACGGAGCAAUCGGGACAAUUGGUGGGGAUGGUUCUCCUGGCGCUGCUGGCUGCUGUCACCGUCUCCAUAUUGAUAUACGCGCUGCUGGCAGUCUUCAGGAAGCAAGCGAAGCCACUGCACGCUGCAGCUCUCGUGCUCCUCAUCACGGCAGUACUGCAGGCGGUUAUAGUAGGAGUGGCGGUGCGAAUCACCCACCGUGACCAGAAGGUGCUCGAACAGUCGGUCCAGGAGUCGUUCAACCUCGCACUCCAGGAAAACCCCAGGCACACACAGCUGUGGGCAGCGAUACAGAACGACCUCACCUGUUGCGGUCUAAAUAGCCCUUACGACUACCGCGCCUUAAACCUUCCGGACGUAUUCCCACCAAACGUGCCGAUCGCCUGCUGUCCCACCUACGAUCCGAGCCGCUCCGACCUGGUGCAAGAGCGAGACAGGGAGAGGUGCAAGCUGAGACGGACAUAUUACGGUGGCGGCUGCAGGGAGGCCAUCUAUGACGUUGUGAAGACUACGUCAGAUGUGGUGCUGGCGUUGACUAUAAGCCUGAUUGUUUUUGAAGUAAUUAUGUCUGUUCUAUCAGCGAUAUUACACGUAAAAAUCAAAAGGCACAAAGCUGAGAAGAAGGAAAAAACUAAAAUUGAUCAGGCUUAAUUUGCCAUUGCCAUUGUAGAUACUAAUUUUACAAAGAUUUUAAAACAGCGCCAUCUGUCAGGUGACUUUUACAUCGUUUACGCAAUGUUAAGAGCAUGCGUUGAAAACUGACGCCAUCUAUGAUGAGUAUGAAACAUUUGCAAUUGCUUCGAAUUCUAUAAAGAUAACUAGAUGGCGCGUUUUUAUAUUAGACGAACAACGAAUUAUUACCUUUUGUUUAUUAUUAAUUACCUAUCUAAAAACAAAUAAUUUUAAUUUAUAUUUUUAAUGCAAUGCAAAAUGAGCACACAGAUCUCUUUUGAUAAUAUUUGAAAGGUGAAGUUUUUGUAUAAAUUUUAUCAAUACUUUUAGUUAUGUUACUAGGUAAGUGUAGAAAAGCUAUAAUUUAUGUUAAGUAAUAAAUUGACUGUGAG